AUGAGACGGUCUCCGCAACUGAGCACUCCCUCUAGCAGCAACAACAGCAGCAGAUCCAAAUCUGGCAAUGCUGGUAGCAAUGCCGCUAUUACUAGUAGUAAUGCUAGUAGUAAAUACCACAAGAGACGACGCAGUGGUGGUUGGCUGUUGAAGCUGUGGGGAAGUUUGAUGUUUGUGGGAGGAUCCGUUUGGAUUUCAGUCCAUUUCUGGGGGGCUUCUUCUCCUUCAUCAUCUAUUACUGCUACUACCAGCAAUAGCAAUAGCAAACAAAGAAGAGACGAAGAAGCUCUGAUUGCUCCUCCUUUUGCUCUUUCCAAAAAAGUCAAUGACAAUACAAAGCAAGGUCUUCAACAACAAAAAUGGUCGCAAGCCAUGCAACACAAACACAAAAAUAACAAGAAGAAUCAAACCAAGACUGGUGCUGGUGACAAAAAUAAUAAUAAUAAUGAUGUGACGCACAAUUGGAUGCAAAAAUGGGGCGGCAAAGGUCACAAACUCCAUCAAAAAAUGAUCAAAACAUUUCAGGAAGGGCAGAAAAAAAAUCAGACACUCCUCAAAUCAUCAGCAGCAGCAUCAGCAGCAUCAGCAGCAUUAUUGCCCAGAAGAAAAGAUCCAUUUGUUCAUCAUCCAGGGCAGCAACCUAAUAUUGCACAAGCACAACUACUGAAACCAGAGGAAAUCUUAUUGACAGAAUUGGAACAACCUCCCCAUAAAACUAUUCCAGAAAAGUCAGAAGAAAAGUCUGCUUCUGACUAUUGGAGCAAACCUUCUUCUUCUCCACCUACAGAAAAGAAGAAUCAACAAUCCACACAACCACUAUUAUUGUAUCCCCCCUCCAAUAAUAAUGGCACGGCCCCGUUUGCAUAUGCCUUUUAUCUGGGAGGCAUUCCUUCGCAAACCAAAUCUUGGACUGCCACCAUGCGAAAAAGCAACGCGCCAAAAAAACCAAACAAGGACGAUUAUCGAGGACUCCUCUACAAUAUUCUCGUCAGUGUCAAAUUGUUACGGGAUGCCGGCAGUCGUGCCGAUUUUGUACUCCUCGUCAAUAUGGUCGACGCUCACACCGAGUUGCCUUUGACGGAUGUACGCUAUCUACAAGCAUUGGGCAUUCGCAUCUUCUACACUCCUUCGACCCCCGACAUUACCAAUGAAAUCAUGACGGUGCCGUUUGAAAAAUUUCGAAUCCUCGAUUUGGUUCAGUACCAACGCAUUUUGUUUCUCGAUGCCGAUAUUACACCCCGGUGCAAUUUGGAUUAUUUGAUGGAAUUGAGUUUGCGCUCUGGCGACGACAGCAAUAUAUUGCAAGAAAACAUGUUGUUGAGUAUGGGAAAUACACCUGCUACGGGUCGCAUUUUCAUGGUGACACCACGACCGGGUGAUUUCUAUCAAUUCGUCGAUCUCUUGCCCAUACGGACACGGGAUGCCGGGAUUCGCAUGACUUGGAAUCCCAAAGGAGGAUGGGGAUUUCGACCCACGCAUUUUCAAACACUCGAGGCGCCCACGAGCAUUCAACACGGCUAUGUCUUUGAAGGAGGCAAUUCCGACCAGGGCAUGUUGUACGAAUGGAUCAAAUAUCAAGUUCCGUUUCGACAUUCAAAUAGUGGUGUCAGUAUUGUGAUUGGACCCAACAUUCAAAAUUGGAACAUGGCCACGACACUACCGGACGAUCGAACGUCCUACGAAGUGUGGGACGGAACUGCCAAGGAAGACAAUCAAAAACAGUAUCUGAUACACAAAGCCGUCGAACCCAAUGCGCUUUUGGCACAUUCCUGUUUGCCUUUAGCAGAAGCACAACAAUUGGCACAACUCGAACCGGAUCGCCCGACGAUUCAUCCACAAGGAGUCGCACCGUAUCAAGAUUUUGAAUUGUGGACGUACGGAAAGAGUGGAACGUAUCCCUGGAAUCGACCCAUGGCACCCACUGACACGUCCGACGACAGUAUUCGUCACGAACGAUGGUUUCACAUUUUGAAACAAUUGGAUGCAUUGCUCGACAUGAAUCUUGGAUUGAGUAGUGAUAGUGGUAGUGAUAGUGGUAGUGAUAGUCAGACGUCGGUGCAACGGCGAUUGGAAGAAGAAGGAGAAGACGAAAUGGAGGAGGAAGGUGCAGGAGGAGAAGAAGGUGAAGAAGAGGGCGAAACUGAGGAGGAAGGUGAAGAAGUGGAGGAAGGUGAAGAAAAGGGAGAUGGCGAAACGGAGGAGGAAGGUGAAGGGGGAGAAGAAGGUGAAGCAGAGGAAGAGGAGGCCGAAACUGAGGAAGAGGCAAACAACGAAGACGAGGCAAACAACGAAGACGAGGCAAACGACGAGGACCAGGACGGAGGUGAGGAGGGGGAAGAGGAAGAGGCAAACAACGAAGACGAGACAGAUGAUCAAGGGGGCGAAGAAGAUACGGACGGUGAUGAUGUUGAAGGCGAAGAGACGGGCAACAAUCGAGAGGAUGUAGAUGGGGGAGAUGACGGUGGCGAAGGAGAAGAGACGGACGAAGAAAACAAUCAAGAAGAUGAGACUGGGGAGGACAACGGGCAAGGAGAUGAAGAGGGCGACACCGACGAAACCCAAGACCUUACGGAGGAGGAGGAGAAAACAGCCGACAAUGACGCAGAAAACGAUGUCAAUGGUGAAACCGACGCCGACAAUACCCAAAACGUCCUAGCCGAGAAACCCAACGAUGUCAAGGAUCCUCCAUCCAACCCGAAAUCCAAGAAGCGUGCGAAGAAAGGCAAGAAGAAACAGAAGGAGAAGAAAAACAAAAAGAAUAAGAAGGACAAGAAGAAGAACGAUGCCAAGGGGAAGAAGAAGAAGGGCAAGCCUACCCGGCCUCCCGUCGAACACAACUGGCGCUACAUUCCAACCGUGCCAAUGCUACGGUUAGUCCCCAUGUGGAGCGAAGGUGUCAAAGCGCUUCGACAAUGGGCCUACCGAAUUGUGGAUACUUCCCUUGGCUACAUUUCCUGGGAACCGCCAACCUUACCAGAAUCGGUUCUUCUGAAAACGGCCGACAAGGAUUUGAGGCAAAAGUGUCAAUGCCCCAACACCAUACAGCUCGACCCUUGCUCCCGAAACGAGGAGUCUAUGGAGGACUGGUUGAGUCGCCGAAUCCCGUACUAUCUGUCGAAGCAAAGACCGCUUUGUCCACGGGCUGCAAAGCACACGAUGCAUGUUGUUAUGCCGUUUCAUGACUUGGAACGAGCAGUUCUCGAGAGCACAGUGUGUUCCAUUGCCUGUCAAGACUACCCGCCCGAAAAGAUGUCUAUUCUUCUCUACGAUGACGGUUCUGCAGACCCCAAGGCGAUGGAGGAGUUCUGCAUGGAUCAUCCAAUCGUCGAAUUCGAGCCUCUUGACAUCAAGGGCGCUGCCAAGGACCCAGCCGCAGAAGAAACCCUCAAUUCACAUGCUUGGAAUCACAUAGACAGCACCAUCACGACAGCCGGCAACGAAGGCGUGACCACACGUUGCGUCCGUUCCAAGAAGCACGAAGGGUCUAGCGGAGCUGCCUUUUGGUCGCUUCGAAUGGUCGAACGCUUGGCGCAGCCAAAUGAUGUUGUAGUCGUGAUCUCGGAUGGCGAGUUCAACUCUCAGAAUGCAUUGGAAAUCAUUAAUGAUGUGCACGUACAAGGCGGCGGAUGGGUGGGAUAUCUGCCGUGGCCAAAGACAAAAGACGGCAGUGUCCUGUUGGAGUUGUCCACCGACCCGGUGGCAUCGUUCCGACCCAAAAGACGUCUUAAGCCGUGGUGGCGUUUCCAGUAUCCCUUUACGUUCAAAGCCCAUCUUUUGAGCAGCGUGACACUGAAGGAUUUCACCUACAAAGGGAAAAAGUUUCUGGCUGACAAGGCCAAUAUCGGAUACAUGAUCCGAAUGCUAGAGGUUGCGGGACGUGAUCGUAUUGGUUCGUUCAAAAGACAAAUAUUUGAUAAGAGGAUACCGUCUUCAGUGGGCACUGCAGGGGAUGCAGACAUCGUCCAAGAGCAGCUUUCAUCCAUUGAUGCGCUUUCAUCGUCGAGUGCAAAAAAUGCACCGAUUCAUGUGGUCAUGAUGUGCUCUGAAAAUAUGGACAUUUUCACAGAGCAAUUGACCAAGUUGCAGGCCCAAACCAUUGCGAGGAAGCGUUGGAUCAAUUUCCAUGUGCUCUGUGGUCAAUCAAAUUUCAAGGCUGAUAAUGAACAAACUGUGGACGCAUUUAAAUCUCAACAGAAGACGCCAUCAUUUCUGGAGGGACGAAAACCUAUCAAGGUCACCGUGGUGGACUCUAGUGUCGGCGGAACUUCGGGCGACUUUGAGAGAUUGCAGUACGUCCACCAGCUCCGUCAGAGGGUCCCCCUGGAGUAUGUUGUGUUACUGGAUAGUGAUCAGUACAUUCAUGACAACUUUUUGACGGGCAUGCUGAAGAAUCACAAUCCGACGAGCAUCACGUCAAUCUACGGAAGGUCCUUCUCGCCCAGGGAUCGUCCAUUUCAUGUGUCGUUUAACGCAACGCAGAUACGCCUUUCGCAUCUCUUGGAGAAAGGAAUGCCCACAUUGUGGUCGUUUGUGUACGUCAAUCUUGGUGGUGCUGUUUUUGAUGCGAAUCUCUGGUUACUUGACAAGCAGCUGCUGCGUCCAGGCCGUGAUUUGACCGAGCUCGCAGAUGCCUCAGACGUGUGGGUAUCCUUUGUGAUGGAUGGAUUGCUCGGAUGGAACAUGAACCGAUAUUCGCCGAAUCAGCUCUCGUUGUUCUCCAUACCGUGGCUGGAUAAUAAGGAGUAUAGGCUAAAGGUGAACGGUGAGAUUACAAAGCCAGAAGCAGAACGGAUAAGAAAACUCAACAACAAGGCUCCACCUGACGGAACAAAGGAACGGAAGAUGAUGCAGGCAUUUGAGCGUCUGCAGAAGACUUACCAGUGGAACGUCGUGCGUCGCCCAAGAGCAACAUACAGGCUUCCCGAUAUUGAGCCGGUGCCAAUUGCCAAGAACAAGGCUCAUGAUCACAGGGGCCAAACGACGACUGACAUGACGACGCCUGCUUACAACAACAACAACAACAACAACAACAACAACAAGAAAGGGAACACCAAGCGCGCGUUUGUCUGCGUGACAGGACAGUUCGACCGAUUCGAGUUACGAAGCAAGAUUGACAAGUUGAUGGUCCCAAUCCAAAAGGCCGGCUACUCGAUAGAUGUAGCACUUGUGGUAUCCAAUGGGACAGCGGCAUUUACCAAUUUGCGGUCCAAGAGGAAUUCCACAACGCCAUUCUAUACAAGCUGGGAUCGAGCUGUCAACGACUUGCGAAAGGCAAAUGUCAAUGUUGUUUCCAACGACGGUGCCUACGAGAAAUUAGAAGACCCUUUUGUUCCUCAAAGCUAUGUCAAGUUGCUCGAAUUUGCCCAAAAUAAACGAACGUACGAGGAGCAGGAAGAACGUGCCAAGAACCACGCACGAAUCUUUGACUCGUAUCGACGCUGUCUCGAGUACGCGGAUAAAGAAACGGAGAGAGUCACGGGGAACAAAUUGAAUCCUUACUAUUAUGAUGUCUACGUUCGCAUUCGAGACGAUAUUGGUUUGCGACGUAACUACGACGAAAAGGCCAUGGCCGAUGCCUUUCCUCCUCCACCGAAUAGUCUGAUUGUGACUCCCUGUCGCAGUUGGAAAGGAAUGAACGACCGAUUUGCCGUGAUUUCUCCCGAUAUUGCCCGCACGUACUUUCAACGACCCGCGGAAUACUUUUUUGGUGACACUCGGUUCAUCUACGACAAUGGAGCCGUUAGCAAUCCGGAAACCAUGCUGUUGUACACGUAUACGACUGCCAAAAUUCAUGUGUUGGGGCACCGGACACUGUAUGGAUUGUGCCGCAUGUACAAACUGGAGGCGUCCGGAACGCCCCGGUUCUUGCGAGAUGACGUAAAACAGGACAAGUGUCCCGAGCCUGAUCCCUAUCGACCGAGAUUGUAUCAACUGUAUGGCUGGUCGCUGUAA